AUGAUAGUAGCAGUUUUGCUCGCGUGUGUGCUAAGUUGCGAGAGCGCACGCAUUUUGGGAUUCAUUCCGACACCAUCGUACAGCCACAACAUCGUAGUGCAGCCGAUUUGGAAGGAAUUAUCGUUGCGAGGCCAUCAGAUCACCGUGCUAACGUCGAAUCCAAUCAACGAUCCUCAGCUGACCAACCUGACAGAGAUAGACUUGAGCUUCUCCUAUAAAUAUCUGUCUAAAAUUGUGCGCACAGUCGACAAGGAUGAAAUAUUCAACAAUGGACAGCUCUUACUGGCGAACGUGCUCAAUGCGCAACUGCGAUACCCUCCGGUUAGAGCUCUCAUCAAAAACAAAAACGAGACCUUUGACUUGGUCAUAGUGGAAUCCAGUCGAUACGCCGCUUUAGCUUUCGCCCACCGGUUCAGGUGCCCAUCCGUGGGAAUAACGGUAGUCGAUGCUACGCCUACCUUGCACUCGCUUCUGGGCAACCCCACUCAUCCGCUCUUGUAUCCGGACACGUGGGUAAACCUGGAGGGUUCACAAACUCUACUCGAUCGUCUGUGGUGGUUUUUAUCCGACGUGAAGCUCUCGUGGUUUCAAACACGAACCCUACUACCAUUUAACGACGCGAUCGUCCGAGAGCACUUCGGAAACGAUUACCCACCAGUUGCAGAUCUGGCCAAGGACAUCAGUAUACAGUUGACUCACACCGACCCAAUCUUCCACACAGUUCGUCCUCUGGGACCUGCGACGGUUCAAAUUGGAGACGGCCUCCAUCGCCUACAACAACAAGCGUUGCCAAACGAUCUUCAGGAGGUAUUAGACGUCGCGGACCAAGGGGUGAUUUAUUUCAGCCUGGGAUCGUACGCCCAAAGCAAGCACUUGGCCCCGAAGACUCUGCGCAUCAUCUUGGAAACGUUCGCCGAGCUCCCCUACACCGUCAUCUGGAAGUUCGAGUCGGAUCAGCUGCCGAACAGAACCAGCAACGUCGUCAUAGCGAAAUGGCUGCCGCAGAUAUCCGUUUUGAGUCAUCGGAACGUGAAGCUGUUUAUAAGCCACGGAGGAUUGCAAUCCGUAAACGAGGCGAUCCACGCCAACGUACCAUUGGUCGGGCUGCCCAUCUUCGCCGACCAGCACCACAACGUGCAGCGGAUGGUUUCCCGCGGCUGCGCGUUGUCGCUCAAAUGGGAACGCCUGGAGAAGACUGAGUUUAAGAGGGCGAUUUUGAAGGUGAUCGGAAACUCAAAGUAUCGCGAUAGGAUCGCGGAAUUAGCCGAACUGGCGAAAGAUCAGCCGAUGACUGGAUUAGAACGUGCAGUGUGGUGGAUCGAGUAUGUUUUGAGGCACAGAGGUGCGAAACACCUUAGAAGUCCAGCGGCCAACGUGCCCUUCUAUCAGUAUUAUCUUUUAGACGUAUUUUCUCUUUUAGUAUUAUUUUUGGUCGCGCCAAUGUUUGUUCUUGUUUGUAUUACAAGAACAAUUCUUCACUUUUUAUUUCAUGGGUGCGCCAAACACACGCAAACUAAAUUAGACUAA